AUGCUUUCAGCAAAUGCCACAGCUGCUCCAGUAACCCAGUUCAUAAUUACAGGUUUUGACCAUUUAUCCAAUCAAAAGCUUCUUGGAUCUCUCAUCCUUAUAGCCUAUUUCAUUGCAUUAUUGGGCAGCACAACAAAUUUGGUCAUCAUUGUAACCAGCAGACAGUUGCAUACACCAAUGUAUAUUUUGAUAUGCAACUUGGCUGUUGUUGACAUUAUGUUCACCACUAGUGCCAGCACGACAAUGAUUUCUGUACUUCUUACAGAGAUUAAAUCUAUUUCUUACUACUCCUGUUUUUCAAGAAUGUAUGUUUACCACCUUGGUGGCCUAACAGAAUGUCUUGCAUUGUCUUUGAUGGCUGUGGAUCGUAUGGUUGCAAUAAGUCUGCCUUUAAGAUACCACAGCAUUCUUACAGUCCCACGUAUACUUCUGCUCAUUGCAUUUACAUGGCUUAUUGGCAUACUUGCCAUGGCAGCUGUAGCAGUAAUUGCCAAUAAUCUUCCUUAUUGUCAGCCAGUAAUCAGAUAUGUAUUCUGUGACUACCCUGCAAUGGUCAGGGCUGCAUGCACAGACCCUGAACCAGCAUUUGUGGUGCCUGUAAUAUUGAAUUUAUGGCUUUUAGCUGGACAACUUCCCUUCAUCCUGUUAACAUAUAUGAAAAUAGUUUACACUGUUGUUAGAAUGCCAAAGGGACAAAUGAAAACAGAAAGCCAAAAUGCAAUGUUCACAACAUGCGUUUCCCAUGUUACUGCAGUCUUCUGUUACUAUGCACCAAAGUUAGUAUCUAACCUACUAACCAGAGUGGGCGUUGUACUGACUCUAACUGAACGGAAUGCCCUGCUGAUUGUGGCCACACUGGUUCCUCCUCUACUGAAUCCAAUUGUUUAUUGUCUAAAGACUAAAGAAAUCAGAAUUCGACUGAAAAAUGUACUCUUAAAUUUGCGUGUAUCACAAGUUCAGCAAAACUCCUGA